GCGGGCUCGCAGGCUCGCAGCUCACUAAACCCUAUUGCCCACCCACCUCGCCGCGCCGCCGCGUAAACCCCGCACCCAUCUCGCCGCCCGUCACCAGUGGCGCCAUGGCGGCUGCCUCGAGGGGCCUGCUCGCGCGCCUCCGCGGCCUCCCCCUCUCCCGGCCGCGCCUCCUUCCCCCUUCCCACCUCUUCUCCGCGGAGCCUCUCGUCUCCCACCCUGACGACGACGACGGCGGCGGCGGGGCCCGGAUCAUCGAGGCGCGGUCCGGUGUGAUGGGCCCGAGCUCGCGGCGCACCGGCGUGAUCGGUGUCAAGUGCGGGAUGUCGGCGAUGUGGGACAAGUGGGGCGCCAAGGUGCCCAUCACCGUCCUCUGGGUCGACGACAACGUCGUCUGCCAGGUCAAGACCGCCGAGAAGGAGGGCUUCUUCGCGCUACAGCUCGGGGCGGGCCAAAAGAAAGAAAAGCACCUAACAAAGCCUGAAGUCGGCCACUUUAGAGCACAAGGAGUGCCUCUGAAGAGAAAACUAAGGGAGUUUCCUGUAACCGAGGACGCACUUCUUCCUGUUGGGACAACCAUCACGGUUCGCCAUUUUGUGCCUGGACAGUUUGUUGAUGUCACUGGAAUCACGAAGGGGAAAGGUUUUGCAGGUGGGAUGAAAAGACAUGGUAUGAGUGGGAUGCCUGCCUCGCAUGGUGCAUCCUUAUCACAUCGCAGUAUCGGUUCUACUGGUCAAAGAGAUGCUCCUGGAAGGGUUUUCAAAAAUAGGAAGAUGCCUGGACGCAUGGGUGGUGUACAACGUACUGUCAAAAAUGUAUGGGUUUACCAGGUAGACCCAGCUAGGAACUUGCUGUAUCUGAAAGGCCAGGUUCCUGGUCCUCAAGGUAGCUUUAUUUUCGUGAAGGAUUCAAUAUACAAGAAACCUGACACAACAUUGCUCCCAUUCCCUACAUAUUUCACGCAAGAAGGUGAGUCGGAAGACUUGGAUCCUCUAAUUGCUGAUCUUGGUGAUGUCGACCCAUUCAUGGCAGCAGACUAAAGACUAUAGACAAAUUUGGAGGAUGCCUUUUGCGUUUUGUGCACUUCAGCUCGACCGUUCCACAAGAUUGUUACAUUUUGGAUGGAUAUAUGAGUAGUUCCUGAAUCACAAGCAUCAUCUGAUUACUGGCCAGCCUGAUCGGUGUUGUUCCAUGUACAUCACCUGGUAACUCAAUUAGGAUUGCGAGCUGAUUGUUUAAUUUGACUCAAUGGAACUUCUUUUUAAUAAGUUGUGUAAGAGAAGCCUCAUAGAUAUAUAAAAUUGCAUAUUUCACUCCA